AUGCCGAAAGCAAUCUCCAUAUCAAAGGUCGACGGCAAGCCCGGACAGGUCUACUACCCGCUGUCACUGGACGAAGUUCCCAAGCCGUCGCCCAAGGGAAAAGAAGUCCUUAUCAAGAUCCAUGCGGCUGCAUUGAACCACCGCGAUCUUUUCAUCCGCCAACACUUGUAUCCGGGCACAGCGUUUGGCGUUCCUCUCCUGGCCGAUGGGUGCGGGACAGUCGUGGCUGUUGGCAGCGAAGCCAAUCCGAGCUGGAGAGGCAAGCGGGUGGUCGUGAAUCCGGGGACGGGCUGGAAGGACAGCCUGGAGGGGCCUGAGGACAAGGGCGGAUACAAGAUUCUGGGAGGAACAAAGACGAAUGCAAAUGGCACCCUCCAAGAGUACAUGUGCAUUGACGAAGGAGAACUCGAAGAGGCCCCGGAGCAUCUCUCCUCGACUGAAGCCGCGGCUUUUAUCCUCACCGGUCUUACCGCAUGGCGGGCAGUAAUGGUCAAGUGCGGCGAGAAGAACCUCAAGCCGGGCAAGAACAUCUUGAUUACAGGUAUCGGCGGUGGAGUGGCGUUGAUGGCUCUGGAGUAUGCCAGAGCCGCGGGUGCCAAUGUCUGGGUCAGCAGCGGCAGCGAAGACAAGAUCAGGAAGGCGGUCGCUUUGGGAGCAAAGGGAGGAAUCAACUACAAGGAACAAGGCUGGGAUAAGAAACUACAGGGCAUGUUGCCGGCAGAGAACAAACAGUUGGAUGCCAUCGUCGACGGUGCGGGUGGGGAUGUUGUUUCUGUCGGUGCCAGGCUGCUCAAGCCUGGUGGUGUGAUCUCUGUUUAUGGCAUGACAAUAGGCCCCAAGAUGCCUUUCCUCAUGCAAGCCGUUUUGAAGAACAUUGAGGUCAAGGGCUCAACCAUGGGAUCCCGAAAAGAGUUCAAAGACAUGGUGGACUUCAUCAAAGCCAAGAAGGUCAAGCCAGUCGUGUCGCGGGUCGUCCAAGGCUUUGACCUGGACGCCAUCAAUGGCUUGUUUGAGGAAAUGAAGAGAGGGAGCCAGUUCGGCAAGUUGGUGAUUGAGAUUUCCAAAGAAGGCGCCGAUAGCAAACUGUGA